CGCCUUAACUGCCAUGCCACCCACCAUCCCCAUGUGUCUGUUUCUUACAUCCGGGAAACUGCGAGCUCUUCAUGGACAAACACUGUGUUUUAGAGUACUUCCGGACGCUCACAGCCCCAAGCAUGUAAUAGGUAUUGUCUCCUAACAUACUGACCGGGAGGUGUCUGCCAUUAUGGGAAAUCAGCUUGCUGGUAUUGCUCCUUCUCAGAUCCUUUCUGUGGAGAGUUAUUUCUCAGACAUCCAUGACUUCGAAUAUGACAAGAGCCUGGGUAGUACCCGGUUUUUUAAAGUUGCUCGAGCAAAGCACAGAGAAGGCCUGGUAGUUGUGAAGGUCUUUGCAAUUCAGGAUCCCACACUGCCUUUAACCAGCUAUAAACAAGAGCUGGAGGAACUGAAAAUUAGGCUCCAUUCUGCACAGAACUGUCUGCCUUUCCAGAAAGCAGCGGAGCGAGCCUCUGAGAAAGCGGCCAUGCUCUUCAGGCAGUAUGUGAGAGACAACCUCUACGAUCGCAUCAGUACCCGGCCCUUCUUAAAUAACAUCGAGAAGCGCUGGAUUGCUUUCCAGAUCCUCACCGCUGUGGACCAGGCACAUAAGUCUGGAGUUCGUCAUGGGGACAUCAAGACCGAGAACGUGAUGGUCACCAGCUGGAACUGGGUUCUUCUGACUGACUUUGCCAGUUUCAAACCCACUUACCUCCCGGAGGACAACCCAGCAGAUUUUAAUUAUUUCUUUGACACUUCACGGAGGAGAACUUGCUAUAUCGCCCCUGAACGUUUUGUUGAUGGUGGAAUGUUUGCAGCCGAGUCAGAGUACAUGCGAGACCCUUCAACUCCACUCGUAGACUUAAAUAGCAACCAGCGGACAAGAGGAGAGUUGAAGAGAGCAAUGGACAUCUUUUCAGCAGGUUGUGUGAUAGCUGAGCUUUUCACGGAAGGGGCGCCGUUGUUCGACCUCUCUCAGCUCUUGGCGUACAGAAACGGACACUUCUCCCCAGAACAGGUGCUGAAUAAGAUUGAAGACCGGAGUAUCAGAGAACUGGUAACGCAGAUGAUCCACCGAGAGCCAGAUAAACGCCUGGAGGCGGAGGACUACUUGAAGCAGCAGCGUGGCAAUGCCUUUCCAGAGAUAUUUUACACCUUCCUUCAGCCGUACAUGGCCCAGUUUGCUAAAGAGACGUUUCUGUCUGCCGACGAGCGUGUCCUGGUUAUACGGAAGGAUCUGGGUAACAUUAUUCACAAUCUCUGUGGGCAGGAGCUGCCGGAGAAAGCGGGAGAGCCCAGGGAGAGCGGGCUGGUCAUCUUGGUGUCUGUCAUUACAUCCUGCCUCCAGACGCUCAGGUACUGCGAUUCCAAACUUGCUGCUUUGGAGCUCAUCCUCCACUUGGCCCCAAGAUUAAGCGUAGAGAUCCUUCUGGACCGUAUUACUCCGUACCUCCUGCAUCUCAGCAGCGACUCUGUUCCCAGGGUGAGAGCUGAAGCCUUGAGGACGUUGACCAGAGUUCUUGCUCUUGUCAAAGAGGUGCCUCGCAACGACACCAACAUCUACCCCGAGUACAUCCUGCCCGGCAUCGCACACUUAGCCCAGGACAGCGCCACCAUUGUCCGCCUAGCCUAUGCCGAAAACAUAGCUCUGCUGGCAGAAACAGCUUUGAGAUUCCUGGAAUUAGUACAGUUGAAAAAUCUCAAUAUGGAAAACGACCCCGGUAGUGAAGAAAUUGACGAGGUGCCACAUCCGAAUGGAAACUACGACACAGAGCUCCAAGCCUUACAUGAAAUGGUCCAGCAGAAAGUUGUCACUUUGUUAAGUGACCCUGAAAAUAUCGUGAAACAGACUUUAAUGGAGAGUGGAAUAACACGCCUGUGUGUGUUCUUCGGACGUCAGAAAGCCAAUGACGUUUUGUUGUCACACAUGAUCACCUUCCUCAAUGACAAGAAUGACUGGCACCUGCGUGGAGCUUUUUUCGAUAGUAUAGUUGGUGUCGCUGCCUACGUCGGCUGGCAGAGCUCCUCAAUCCUCAAGCCCCUUCUGCAGCAGGGCCUUAGCGAUGCCGAGGAGUUUGUUGUCGUGAAGGCGCUCAGCGCCCUGACCUGCAUGUGCCAGCUGGGGCUGCUGCAGAGGCCCCACGUCUACGAGUUUGCCAGUGACAUCGCCCCCUUCCUGUGCCACCCCAACCUGUGGAUACGCUAUGGCGCUGUGGGCUUUAUCUCCGUGGUCGCCGGUCAGAUAAGCACAGCCGACGUCUACUGUAAACUGAUGCCGUACCUCGACCCGUACAUCACGCAGCCCAUAAUACAGAUCGAAAGACAGCUUGUUCUGCUCAGCGUCUUAAAGGAGCCCGUGAGCCGCUCCAUAUUCGAUUAUGCUUUGCGGUCUAAGGACAUUGCCAGCUUGUUCAGACACCUGCACCUGCGCCAGAAGAAACGGAGAGGGUCCCUCCCCGCCUGCCCCCCACCCGAGGACCCCGUCAUCGCACAGCUUCUGAAGAAGCUGCUCUCCCAGGGAAUGACAGAGGAAGAGGAAGACAAACUUCUGGCACUGAAAGACUUCAUGAUGAAAUCUAACAAAGCGAAGGCCAACGUCGUGGACCACAGCAGUCUGCACGACAGCAGUCAGAAGGGGGCGAUCGACCUGGCAGCCGUGGGCAUUACUGGGAGGCAGGUCGAUCUCGUCAGAACCAGACAAGAACCAGACGACAAGCGGGCUAGAAAACACGUAAAACAAGACUCAAAUGUGAAUGAAGAAUGGAAAAGCAUGUUCGGGUCACUAGAACCACCCAGCGUACCACAGGCCCUCCCUAAGGGAAGCGACCAGGAGGUGGUUCCGACUGGGAGGCCGCCUCGCUCCGAGUCCUCUGCCGGCAUCUGUGCCCCUCCGUCGACCUCCACGCAGGUUCCUGAAGUGACACAUGUCCAAAAUAAAAAACCAGUAGUACAGGUUUUAAGUAGUACAAUUUUACCGUCCACUUACCAGAUUCGGAUCACAACUUGUAAAACUGAACUUCAGCAGCUCAUCCAGCAGAAGCGGGAGCAGUGCAAUGCCGAGCGGAUCGCCAAGCAGAUGAUGGAGAACGCCGAGUGGGAGAGCAAGCCCCCGCCGCCAGGCUGGCACCCUAAAGGGCUCUUGGUUGCACAUCUUCAUGAACACAAAUCAGCAGUGAACCGAAUCCGAGUCUCUGACGAACACUCACUUUUUGCGACAUGUUCGAAUGAUGGGACGGUGAAGAUCUGGAACAGUCAAAAGAUGGAGGGGAAGACCACCACCACCAGAUCCAUCCUCACUUACAGCCGGCUCGGAGGGCGCGUCAGGACGCUCGCAUUCUGCCAGGGCUCCCACUACUUGGCCGUUGCAUCUGACAACGGUGCAGUUCAGCUUCUUGGGAUUGAGGCUUCCAAGCUGCCCAAGUCUCCUAAAAUCCACCCUCUGCAAAGCAGAACCCUGGACCCGAAGGAGGACGGCUGCGUGGUGGACAUGCACCACUUCCACGCCGGGGCACAGUCUGUGCUCGCCUACGCCACCGUGCACGGCUCCCUGGUCGGCUGGGACCUCCGGGCGUCCAGCAACGCGUGGACGCUGAAGCACGACUUAAAGGCCGGCCUCAUCACCUCCUUCGCCGUGGACAUUCACCAGUGCUGGCUCUGCAUCGGUACAAGCAGUGGCACCAUGGCCUGCUGGGACAUGAGGUUCCAGCUGCCCAUCUCCAGUCACUACCACCCGUCCAGGGCGCGGGUCCGCCGCCUCUCCAUGCACCCCCUGCACCAGUCCUGGGUGAUCGCGGCUGUUCAGGGCAACAACGAAGUGUCCACGUGGGACCUGGAGACCGGCGACAGAAGGUUCACGCUCUGGGCCAGCAGUGCGCCCCCACUGUCCGAGUUACAGCCUUCCCCUCACAGUGUCCAUGGUAUCUACUGUAGCCCUGCAGAUGGAAACCCUAUCCUGCUCACAGCUGGCUCAGACAUGAAAAUCAGGUUCUGGGACUUGGCUUACCCAGAAAGAUCCUAUAUUGUUGCAGGAAGCACUAGCUCCCCAUCCGUGUCCUACUACAGGAAAAUAAUUGAAGGUACCGAAGUGGUCCAGGAGAUCCAGAAUAAGCAGAAGGUAGGGCCGAGUGAGGACACCCCUCGGAGGGGCCCCGAGUCUCUGCCCGUGGGGCACCACGACAUCAUCACGGAUGUUGCCACAUUCCAGACGACGCAGGGCUUCAUCGUAACCGCUUCUAGAGACGGGAUUGUGAAGGUGUGGAAAUGAAAGCCUGACUCACACACUUGUAAUAAAGCCAUACCUGUGUUGGGGUUCCAGGGGAGAGGUGUCUCUAGAGAACAGAGUGAGAACAGACUCGUUUGCUUACCUUCCCGAAUCAUGUCUCUAUUGCUGUUCUGUGACUGAAGACAUGCCACCCGUAGUGGUGAAGGAACUUGCACUUGGCUGGUUUACUUAGCGUACCUCUGCAGGAGUGGCCAGGCAGCAGUGUCUGGGAUGCUGUGUUGUGUAUGUCACGGAGGUAAGAAAUGUGAAGGUGACAUGAUCUGUUUAUUUUGUAUUGAUAAUUAAAAGAUGGUUGUAAGCUAUAUAAUAUAAAGUUUUUGCUAUUAAAACUACUAUUCAAACAAGUCAAUAAACUGUAUUAAAGCAUA